UUGCUCCUGGUACCUAAACACAUUGUUAACGUUCGGCCGCCGGAGCUCGCGCUCAUCAAUGACUGUGUGAGCGGCGGAGAGCGGACAAUUAUCUGACCCUUGUUUCUUCCGCUGCAUGAUUUGAGGUGGAGCAGCCGUUGCCAUGACAACAGACGAGGCAGAGAGUCACCAGAAGAAGCCGAGGCAGCAGGAGGAAGCCGGCCAGGACGCCCGGCCGCCCUCACCAGAGGAGGAGCAGCAGCAGCCGCAGCAGCAGCCGCAGCAGCAGCCGCAGCCGCAGCUCAGGCCUCGCAACCGCAACUCUGCCAGCCGCGGCCUCUCGCGCCUCUUCUCCUCCCUCCUGAAGAGGCGCUCGCAGUGUGAGAGCGAGGGGGGCGAGAGGGAGGACAAGCAGGACGAAGAGGAGGCCAAAGCGCCCAUCGCCGACCCGGAGCCUGAACUGAGGACGGAGGGCGAGGUGGCCCUGGAUCAGCACUCAGUAAGCAGUGCUGAGGCUCAGGCUGUCCAGGUAGAGAGGAAAGAAGCCGAGGAGCAGGAGGAGGAGGAGGAGGAGGAGGAGGAGGAAGAGGAGGAGGAGGAGGAACAAGAGAAGGAUAAGGAGGAAGGAGAAGAGGCUAUCCUGGAGAACGUGGAG